UCUCCGUCGAGGGUCAGAAGGUGGGGACUCAUUCAUUUCGCCAUAAAAGCUUUAGAUUCAUGCGGUUAAUAAAAAUGCCAAGGCCGCCAAUUGUAUUUACUCCCUCUUCAUCCACCAGCUCUGGAAUACUAAUCUCUCUCCCCGCUGAGUGAUUGAGUGCGUCCUUUGACGUGCAAGACCACUGACCGGGCCACCGAGCCUGCCGGCCUCAUAAAAGCGAUUCAUCUGCCCCAUCUCUACUGCAUUACUUCCCCUGUCAGGUCUCUGACGAUUCACGAGUCGCUAGUCUCGGUUGUGUGAGGAUAGUUUCUUAAGUAGUACCAGUUGAAGCCUUUGGUUUUGAUUUAGUGGCAGUCGGUGGUUGUCCAUUUGUUGUGGGUUAGCUCUGUGCAGAUACAGCUGUAGUGGAGUGCGGUGGUGCUGAGAGGUAGUCGCCAUGGCUCAGGGAAGAUGCAGUGCAAUGCUGGCUGUAGCGCUUCUCGUGGUUAGUGCCGCGGUGGUUGCUCAGGCUGUCACUUACGACGUGCCGCGGUGGACCGUCCCUGCGGCUGCAAACGCAGAUGUUUAUACUACUUGGGCUGCGAAUGUUUCCAAUUUCCUUAAGCCAGGAGAUGUAUUGGUCUUCCAGUAUUCGGCAGCAGCGCACAACGUGCUGACCCUUGCAACAAAAGCGAACUACGACAAUUGCGUUAAGACAUCCCCUCUCAACACGACCAGCACCGGGAACGAUGCACUCGUAGUCAAAGCGGGAGGUAAUUAUUUUAUCUGCGGUAUUCCCACGCAUUGCGAAUCAGGUCAGAAGGUGGCUGUCAACGUGUCCGCAGCCACCGGAACUCCUGAAACCCCCGGAACUCCUGCAGCUCCCGGAACUCCUGCACCACAGGGACCUUCUUCUGCCACUUCCUUGACUGUUCGUCAGACCUUUGCUGCUGUAUCAGUUGCCCUAUCCGCUUCUCUCAUCAUCUGGUAGGCAUCAAUUAGUUUCUCUGGACGGAUAGAACCAGCCUUGGAGGGUCUUAUUCCGUUUCAGGGGUGUAAUCUCGCUUAGAGGAUGUGUGACUGGUGUGCGGACACGAAUGUCCUCGCGACCAGGUUAGAGUUUCGAUGUGAAUUGUGGUGACCUGGCUGAGGUUCAAGUCUUUUGGCGAGGGAGAUGGUUGACACUUCUCCUGUAUGUCUGUCUACCCUCAGAACAUAUGAAUAGUUGAAAUGCAAUCGUCUCUGCUUGAGGCUGGUUAUUCUCAUCA